AACUUCCGUCUUCCGCCACCCCUGACUGCCGAAACCCUCGCGCAUCUUUCUCAGUCCUUUCACUCUCACAGCCAUGAACAUCAGCUCCGUGAAGCUAGAGACAAACCCUAGCGCAACCGCGUUCAGGUCUCUGAACGGAAACGUUCGGGGCUACACGACGACCGGCCUUCCUCACGUCUCUCUUCACCACCACUCAUACCACCGGAGAAAUGCUUCAAUUGCAUGUUCAGCUUCUCCGAUCGUAACCCUGGAAGAAAGGAAGGGUGAAAUACCGAGUCGAAUCGGGUCAUUAGGUCAGGUAUCGGGAGUGUUGGGUUGCCAGUGGGGUGAUGAAGGCAAAGGCAAGCUCGUUGACAUCUUGGCAAAGCACUUCGACGUCGUUGCUCGUUGUCAGGGUGGAGCAAACGCCGGACACACUAUCUACAACUCGGAAGGAAAGAAAUUCGCGCUUCAUCUUGUUCCCUCAGGGAUUCUCAACGAGGAGACGAUGUGUGUAAUAGGAAAUGGAGUUGUAGUCCAUCUUCCUGGACUUUUCCAAGAAAUUGACAACCUUGAAUCCAAUGGGGUUUCCUGUAAGGGAAGGAUCUUAAUUUCAGAUCGAGCUCACUUAUUAUUCGAUUAUCAUCAAGAAAUAGAUGGCCUUCGAGAAGCUGAGCUAGCUAAAUCCUUCAUCGGCACUACCAAGAGAGGAAUCGGGCCAUGCUACUCCAGCAAGGUCAUCCGUAAUGGCAUAAGAGUAUGCGACUUGAAGCAUAUGGACACCUUUCCAGAUAAGCUUGAUCUUUUGUUAUCAGAUGCAGCUUCAAGAUUCCAGGGUUUUGAAUACAGCCCGGAAGUACUCAAAAAAGAAGUUGAAGUGUAUAAAAGAUUUGCAGAGAGGUUGGAACCAUUUGUUUGUGAUACAGUUCAUUACAUGAAUGAAUCCAUAUCACAAAAGAAGAAAGUUUUAGUAGAAGGUGGUCAAGCAACUAUGUUGGAUAUUGAUUUUGGGACUUACCCUUUUGUCACAUCUUCAAGUCCUUCAGCUGGUGGAAUCUGUACAGGACUUGGGAUUGCUCCUAGAGUCCUUGGUGAUGUGAUUGGUGUGGUAAAAGCAUACACUACUAGAGUUGGGUCUGGACCUUUUCCUACAGAGCUACUGGGUGAGGAUGGUGAUCUUCUCCGGAAAGCUGGGCAGGAGUUUGGCACCACCACCGGCCGCCCUCGCCGUUGUGGUUGGCUUGAUGUAGUUGCUCUGAAAUAUGUUUGUCAAAUUAACGGGUUUUCUUCUCUGAAUUUGACCAAACUUGAUGUGUUAUCGGAUCUUUCUGAGAUUAAGCUUGGUGUUUCUUAUAAGCAUACAAACGGGACACCUAUGAAUUCGUUUCCUGCUGAUUUAACCGAUCUUGAGGAGUCAAAGGUGGAAUAUGAAAGUAUGCCAGGGUGGCAGGCUGAUAUUUCGUCUGUGAGGAGCUAUGUGGAUCUUCCAAAGGCUGCACGUGAGUAUGUGGAAAGAAUAGAAGAACUUGUUGGUGUUCCGAUUCAUUACAUUGGUGUUGGACCUGGACGUGAUGCUCUUAUAUACAAAUGAAAAUUCACAUGAAUUUGAAUUUGGAGCAAUUUCGUUAGUUAGAUUGGAAGCUCCUUUUCUAACCUUCAACUCAAUCCAACUUUUCUCAACAACUGUAAGGAUUUUGUUGGUAGGUAUAUGAUGCUUUUGAGUAAAGCUGAUUUGGAAUAAAGCAAAACUAGUUGUGUUGGGAUUUGGGAAUUUCUUAAUUUUGCAUGUUUACAUGGUUGUAUUUGUGUAUCAUAUAAUCAUGUUGAUGUUUGUGUAACAGAUGAAGUGGUGUCUCAUCUUACAUAGAGUAGUAAGAUGGGUUGAAGUGUUUGAUUUUGAGUUUAUCUUCCUAGAAAUUGAUUUUGUGUUUGGUUUUUGCCUUCA